UGUAGUUGAGCAAUUAUGGUAGAAUUGGAACAUUGAUUGUGGUUGCCGUAUGAUUGGAUAAUAUUUAGCGAGUCAGCUUCGUAGCACCGCGAUAAUGAUAACAGCCGUGCUCUUUAUCUGUUAGUCGAUACGCCGCCAGCGCUCAAACUGUACCUGGUUCUAGAACAAAAUGGUUCGUGAACUGACGCCGGGGUUGGCAAAAAUUGCCAAAAAGGAACUGAACGAGAACCCGAAGCAGGUUGAAAAUGACUUGCAACUACUGAAGGAUUGGAUUUCUAAGCAGCCUCACUUGAAAGCAAGAACAGAUGAUCAAUGGCUCAUAGCGUUGUUACGAGGAUGUAAAUUCAGUCUAGAAAGAGUAAAGAAGAAGGUGGAUUUGUACUACACACUAAGAACCACUGCUCCAGAUAUAACGUUGAGGAUAAGACCAACAGACCCAAAGUUCUUGGAUUUUUUUAGGCUUGGAACAUGCUUAAUACUACCGAAGCCAUUAGACAAGCUAUACCCCCGCGUGAUCCUCAUCCGAGCCGGCCGCUUCGACCCGGCUACUCACAACGUCGGUGAUCUCAUGUGCAUGCUCUACUAUUUAGUGCAGAUAAUGGUGGUAGAAGAUGAUGUAGCCUGCGUGAUGGGUACUAAGAUUGUCACAGACUACGAGGGGGUUACAAUGAGCCACUUCGUUCAAGCCACUCCCUCCAUGCUGAAGAAAAUGGUCGCAGUUAGCCAAGAUUCCAUGCCUCUCAGGUUAAAAGGAAGUCAUCAUAUAAACUUGCCAGCUGGAAUUGAAAAAAUAUUCACGCUCAUACAAGGGUUUUUAAAUGAAAAGGCUAAACAAAGGCUGAAAAUACAUAAAAAUGUUGAAGAAUUGAUGGAGGACAUCCCCAAAGAAAUAAUUCCACCCGAAUAUGGUGGGAAAGGCCCUACUAUUGCGGACAUGACAGAGCACUGGGUCUCCAAAUUCAAGGAAUACCACGAUUGGAUGAAAUUCGAGGAACAAUUGGGGACAGACGAGUCCAAAAGAAUUGGACCUCCUAUUGACGCUGACAUUUUGGAGGACGGGUCCUUUAGGAAACUUGAUAUAGACUGAUUUUCUAUUCGUACUUAAAUAAUUGUGAAUUUAGGACAUACAGACAUAAAUUAAAAUAAAUGUUGAAUCUGAAGCUUUUUUUCCACUGAAAAUUUUAUUUAGAAACCCAAUGGCUAAAACUGAUGCAACUGAUUGAGGACUGAAAAAAAAGACUGAAAGAAAAUAUUAAAUAUUUCGAAAUAAAACUAUUAGUCACACACAUUCACUGGAACAAUCUAGUAGUUCCUAAUUUAAAUUAAAGAGCAACGCGCAUCAUAAUAUCUAAUUUACUAUAGAGAUCAAUCAUCGUAUGUGGAACGUAUGAACGUCAGAAAUACGUCAGAACACGAUAUUGCAGACAUAAAGCCGUCGUGGAGAAGGCCGCCUCAUUUCGAAUGGGUUCGUUCACUUCGCCUGCGUAAGGAGAAUAAAUAUUUAUAUCUGG